AUGGGCGAUCAAUCGACCGCGCAAGCGGGUCAUUUGGGUGACGAGGCACUGAAGGAUAAUACAAGUGCAGGCGUCUCAACUGCGACACUCAAUUCACCUGAACAACCUUCGGAUAUAAUAGUCAACAAAGAAGUAUUUGACGACAAUUCGAUUCAGAACGAACAGAAUAACGAAAAACCUCGCGAUGAUGCCGCCGAUGUAGGAGGUGAGACUGCAUCCGAGAAUUCUACCGGAGAAUGGAGAUUCACACGACGCGCGCAACUCGUCUUUGCAACGCUAGCGACCUUGUCGCUCAUGGUUGCUUUGGAUGGUACUUCUAUCUCUGUUGCGCUUCCUAUCAUCUCUAAUGCCCUUCAUGGAACUGCCAUCGAGGCUUUUUGGUCCGGUACAAGUUACCUACUUACCUCCACCGUUCUACAGCCUCUGUUUGCCUCUCUAUCCAAUAUUUUCGGUCGACGACCAAUCAUGAUCAUCAGUAUUGUGCUGUUUUUUGUGGGCUGUCUUGUUUCUGGUCUUGCGCACAAUUUCACGGCCAUGCUUGUUGGUCGAUCGAUUCAGGGUGUUGGAGGUGGUGGUAUCUUGGCUCUCACUGAAAUUAUCGUCACGGAUAUUGUGCCUCUGAGAUUGAGAGGUCAGUAUCUUGGUAUUCUGAACGGUAUGUGGACCAUUGGAUCGGUUACUGGGCCGGUUCUAGGUGGUGGUUUUUCGGAGAGUGUGUCUUGGCGAUGGAUUUUCUACAUCAACUUCCCCUUCGCUGGAAUCGGUCUGGUCAUGACCGCCCUCUUCCUCCGCCUCAACUUCGUCCCAACUUCCCUUCUUGCCAAACUGCGACGAAUCGACUACAUCGGCGCCACUAUCUUCAUGGGCAGCACAGCUUCUUUCAUGAUUCCUCUCUCCUGGGGUGGUGUCCAGUACUCCUGGUCUUCAUGGCGGACUCUCGUACCGCUUAUCAUCGGUUUCGUUGGUCUGCUGGUAUUUGCCUAUUACGAAUACCGCUACGCUGAGCACCCCAUCAUCCCGGUAGAGAUUUUCACAUCAAAGACAGCCACAGUCUCGUUUAUCGGUACCGUUAUUCAAGGUCUCGUGCUUUGGUGCGCUCUUUACUUUAUGCCACUCUAUUUCGAGGCUGUCAAGGGCUAUUCACCCAUCAUCAGCGGCGUGGCUAUCUUCCCGGACUCCUUCACCGUCGCUCCCAGUGCCAUGAUCGCCGGUCUUACCAUCACCAAAAUUGGCAAAUACCGGUGGGCAGUCUGGGUUGGUUGGGUUCUUACCACAAUCGGUUUCGGGUUGCUGUGUAUUCUCCGAGUCGGCACCAGUAUCCCCGGUUGGAUCUUCCUGGAAUUUGCGGUUGGAUUCGGUCUAGGUGUCAUUUUCCCCGCUGUGACGUUCGCAAUUCAGGCAUCUGCUAAACACGAGACACUCGCUAUGGCGGUUGCCAUGACGAGUUUCUUCCGUGCCUUUGGUCAAGCAAUCGGUGUUGCGAUUGGUGGCGUCGUCUUUCAAAAUAGAAUGUACGCCAAUCUACUGCAGUACACUGAGCUGGCGCCCUAUGCGCGAGAGUAUAGUCAAGAUGCUGCGGGUCUUGUGCAGGUCAUCAAUGCCAUGGACGAUGGAACCACGAAACAAGACCUCAGAACCGCAUACGCGGACUCGCUCAGGAUUAUUUGGGCUGUGUGCUGCGCUUUCUCGGCUGUGGGAUUCUUGUUCUCUUUGUGGACGAAGGAGUACGAUGUUGACCAGGCUUUGACAUCUGACCAGGGAUUGAGGGAUAAGCAGAAGCCUGCUGCCGCGAGUGAUGCGUGA